AUGCAUCGCAAGAACGCCAUCGAGACCAUCGCGCCGCACUGCGCUCUCGAGCCGAGAGUCCGGAACCCCGCGCAGCUUGCGGCCGACUUCUGGACCAUCGACCUGAACGACGUCCAGGUGCUCACUAGUGGCGCCGCUCACCUCGGUGUUGUGGACGACAAGAGCCGGCCCGCAGUGACCGCCUGGCUCAAUGCGUUCCCGACCAAGACGACCGCAGUGGCGUGCGACGAGUUCCUUGCUCGCGCUCGCUCGUUCAUCGCGCGCUGCCCAAGCCUAUGUGCCAUCGGCGCCAAGUGCCCCGCCUGCGACCAGCAGCUCUACCUCGGGCCCGUCGUCGAGGAGUGCCGCUACGUGAACAAGGAAGCAGCGGGUGUCGGCUCUCGCAUGAUGCGGCUGCACAGAGUGAUCGACAACCACAAAUGGAUUCCAACGCAAUUCAGUGACGAGAACUUGGCCGUGCUCGAGCCUCUCUUCUACAAGCGCUUCAACGAUGGACACGACUACAGGUAG